CAAGAAUAUAAUACGACCUAAUGCCUUUCUAUUAUGUCAUAUCGACACCUGUGUAUGCUGUGAAAGUUAUGAUAUGACUUACAAUAUAUAAUGGUUUAGGGUAAAACAGUUGACAGAGAUGCAGUUUCAAAGACAGAAAAGUUACAAAAAUAAGAUGAUUUCAUAAUAAAAAAUGGAAGUUAUGACUGAAACAAAGGAAAAACAAACUGAUCCUGUCAUUGAGCAUUCAUUUUCAACAAGACUAAAGGAAUUUGGCGAAGAUGUUGAAUUUCAUGGAGUAAGACAUCUGUUUAGAGAUAAUUCAAUUGUGACAAAAGUGACAUGGAUUUUACUGUUUCUAUGUGGAUGCAGUUGGCUGACCUACCAGAUACAUGAUCGAAUUAUAUAUUAUUAUCAAUUCCCGCAUAUAACCAAAAUUGAUAAACUUUAUGUCCCUUCAUUAGAUUUCCCAACAAUCACAAUUUGCAACAUCAAUACAUUUAGAAGGCACAAAUUAAAUGAGUAUGACCUCCUUCACUAUGGAACAAGCCUGAACAUUCUUGAUGAGAACUGGACCCUUCUUCACCCAGAGCACUAUGAUAAAGCCUUUGAUGACUGGGUUUACAGUAUCAAUUGGACAGAUGUGGAGAUCCAUGACCGUUCCAUCAAUCACAGCAUGGAGGAGAUGUAUGAAAGAGCAGGACACCAGAUAGAGGAUAUGCUCAUCUACUGCAAAUGGAAACAACAGGAGUGUUCUGUUGCUAACUUUACCUUGAUUAACACUCACUAUGGGCGAUGCUAUCAAUUCAAUUCUGGCAAGGAUGGUGUCAAACAUCAGUCAUUUAAAGGAGGUAAAGCAAAUGGUUUGAAACUUUAUCUAAAUGUAGAGGAACUGGAGUACCUAAACUACAUGGAAGCUUCAGACCUUGGCUUUAAAAUUCUGGCACAUGACCAGGAUGAACCACCACUUAUACAGGAAUUGGGAUUUGGAGUGACUACUGGCAACCACUACUUUAUUGCAUUGGAAACAGAAAGGGUGACAAGCUUACCAGACCCUUAUGGCAACUGCGAAGAGGACCACAAACUUGACCAUUAUGAUCAUUACAGCAUUCCUGCGUGCAGAAUUGAAUGCGAGACAUUAAUAGUUGAGGAGAAAUGUUCAUGUAGGCUUGUUGAGAUGCAUGGUGAUCAUGGUAUCCGUGUUUGUACUGCUGAGGAAUAUCAUGACUGUGCUCUGCCAACAUUAGAGUCGAUUACUGAGAGUGACACAUGUGUAUGUCAGAACCCAUGUGAGCUGACCCAGUUUCAACACUCUAUAUCCUCUGUAAAGCUUCGUGAGAGUGCAGUUGAGAUGAUACAUGGCCACACUUCAAGCAACAUAAAUCUGACUGAGUUUAAGUCAGUGGAGUUCAUUGAGAAAAACCUUCUUGUUGUGAACCUCUUCUUUGAUUCAUUGAAUUACCAGUACAUUGAACAGACGGUUGCAUAUCCUGGUGUGUCACUAUUAAGUGAUGUUGGAGGUCAGAUGGGAUUGUGCAUUGGGGCCAGCAUCCUGACAGUUUUACAUUUGGUUCAGUUUGCAAUUGGGGAAAUCAUUAAGAAGUUUCAGAAGAGAGAGAAUAAAGAAGUCAACACCAAUGUUAUUCAUGUGGCAUCUGCAAAUCCUGUAGAUGAUAAACUUUGAUAAUCAGCAGAUGCACAGAGGCAUAUUUAUAAAGAAUAAACCAUCCAAACUACAUGUAUAUGAUGAACUUCCAAGUGGACUUAUGUAAUGUUAUUGUUUAUGUUGGUGUUGUGGACUUACAAUGGCCUAUGAUUAAUAUGGAUUUUAAUAUUUUAUAACUGUUAAAAUGAACAGCAAUUUGAUUGUACCUUGAAUUUGAAGUAGCCCAAAACAUAUUAGUACUGCAUCUGUAACUUAUAAUUACAAUUACAAUAUUCUCACAUUUGUAAGCUGAUAAAAGGAUAGGUAUCGAUAUGGUGGAAUGUUAAUGUUUACUUCUCUCUAAAUAUGAAUAAUAAUUCCACAUUGAAGAUCUCUUGACACCGAAGGGGUUCCUAGCUUGUUCUUG